GGGGCUGGGUGGCACCGUGGUGCGCAGGCGCAGGGGCAGCCGUCGGUGGGUCGGGGUUCCGUGGUCUGAGAGAUAGAAUUAGCCAAUGUGCCUGAAUGGGGGACAUCUUCAGGGUCCUGUCUGGGCAGCCCUCAUGUUCUUGGCUGGGGUCUGCAGCUCCUGAAAACCUCCAGGCAUCGUCUCUUCCUGUCUCAAGAUGGAUAACAAGAAGCGCCUGGCCUACGCCAUCAUCCACUUCCUGCACGACCAGCUGCGGCACGGGGGGCUCUCAUCCGACACCCAGGAGAGCUUGGAAGUGGCAAUCCAGUGCCUGGAGACCGCUUUCGGGGUUACAGUGGAAGACAGUGACCUUGCACUCCCUCAGACUCUUCCAGAAAUAUUUGAAGCCGCCGCCACCGCUGCGGACAAGGAGAUGCCACAGAACCUGAGCCCCGAGCGAACCCCACCAUCUGAGGAGGACUUGGCCGAGGCAGAGCGCCUCAAAACCGAAGGAAACGAGCAGAUGAAAGUGGAGAACUUUGAGGCCGCCGUGCAUUUCUAUGGGAAAGCCAUUGAGCUCAACCCUGCCAACGCUGUCUACUUCUGUAACAGAGCCGCGGCCUACAGCAAACUUGGCAACUAUGCUGGGGCCGUGCAGGACUGCGAGCGGGCCAUCUGCAUAGACCCGUCCUACAGCAAAGCCUACGGCAGGAUGGGCCUGGCACUCUCCAGUUUGAACAAGCACACGGAGGCCGUGGCCUACUACAAGAAGGCCCUGGAACUGGACCCUGACAAUGAGACGUACAAGUCCAACCUCAAGAUAGCAGAAGUGAAGCUCAGAGAGGCGCCCAGUCCCACGGGAGGGGUUGGCAGCUUCGACAUCGCGGGCCUGCUGAACAACCCCAGCUUCAUGAGCAUGGCAUCAAACCUGAUGAACAACCCCCAAGUUCAGCAGCUCAUGUCUGGGAUGAUUUCUGGUGGCCACAACCCCCUGGGAACUCCUGGCACCAGCCCCUCGCAGAACGACCUGGCCAGUCUCAUCCAGGCGGGUCAGCAGUUCGCUCAGCAGAUGCAGCAGCAGAACCCAGAGCUGAUCGAGCAGCUUCGAAGUCAGAUCCGAAGUCGGACGCCCAGUGCCAGCAACGACGAGCAGCAGGAGUGACCACCCAUCCAUCCCAGUGCCAUCAGGUCCUUCCUGGCCAACUGGAAGCCUCCGCGUGUUCUACCCUUUUCUCCUGUUGGACUACCCGAGAGAAAAAGAAAACUAAAUUGGAUCUGCAUGUUCAGAAGGAUUUUUAUGAUUUUUCCCCCUCGCCCUCACUUCACUUUUUGUAUUCACGGCUCCCAGACCCUUCUCAAAACAGAACCAACAAACUGUGAACACAGACCAGCACCAGUCUCCCCCCAGGCCCCCAAAAACCCAUCCACUAAAGCAUUUUCUAGAAUAUUCCGGAGUGGGAAUGGGCCUCAGGCUGCUCUCUGAGAAGCAUCCGGUUUUAUGUCCAGCCAUAUCCGGAGCCCCUUCCAUGGCCCCUGCCCCCUCAGUCUGUCUUCAAGGGGCUUCCCCAGCCGGUGAAAAGCCACUUUCUGAGUCAACAUUGGCCACCUGGCUAUGCCCUGCUCGGACGAGCUCACUGCCAGCCAUGGUCAGGGUGCUCACGCCCGCCAGGCCCUUGGACCCAAGUUCUUGCAUGAGGAACUCCAGGUGCAGACUCCUGAAAGACGUGGAUUGCCCUGUGCCGAGUGGGAGCAAGAGCAAGACCGUGCGAUGGUUCCGGGAGCGCGGGGACAGCUCCGGGGACUGCUUCCCAUCAAGUGUUUUGAUGGACACGCAUCUCACCCCUCCAAUCCUCCUUCCCCAGUACUCGCUCCACAGACUGUGAGGGGCGUGAUUGUGACCUUCGGGCCUGGCCCCCUAGCCAUCCUAGCCUGCCUGUGUGUCCAGCCCCCAGUGGGCACCCUCUGCUGUUCUGGGGCCCUGGUGCCACCCACCUUGGCCUGCAAUUGCUGAGCAGCCAAGAGCUGCCUCCCAGGAGGGCAAGCAUUCAAGCCCAGGCCAGGCAGCCUGCCCAGGACUUGAGGCCACCAGGGACAUCCCUGCAGCCCCUGCUUGGGCAGGGGCUUGGUGGGGAGAUCUGCCAGCCAGCCCACCGCACCAGCAGCAGUGUUGGAGGCUCCCUCGUGGUCUGCAAGGUCGACCCCGUGCUAUGUGUUAUAGGAAACUAGUAGGAAGAAGGGCCACCACCAGUAGUCAUCACUGGCCGGCGAGGUGGCCCUAACUCGAGUGCUAGUCAUGGUGAUGAGUGUAACGGGAAUAAAUAGGCAUCGUGACCUCU